UUGGUGGUGGGAACAUUAUAAAUUUUGUCAUCUGUUUACAGUAAACUUUACAUUGUUUAUAAACAUUUGUAGUUUCUUAAAUUAAGCAAAGUCAAAGUAUAGUAUUUAACAAAAUAACAAAUUACUGAGGAUAACGCAUAUUAACAUCGGUUUUGGAAAUGGGGCGCGUUACCUGACGGAAUAUCGCAUGCAGAGGGAAUGGACGCAAAACUACGGAUAACAUAACUUGCCUACCAUUACGCAUUAGUGGGGAAAACGUCGCCAACCAUAAUGUAGAAUAUUCCUGUUCUCAUCUUAGGCCCGGCGUCACCUCACUAUGACCACAACUUGUCUCUUGUGUCUACACAAGGAUGAUUCUUCCUCAAGCUUUAACAAUGCUAAUUUUUUUGGCGACUCGACGAGCAUUAAAAUUGUCACCCUUUAUGAAUUGCUCCGCCCCCUCGUCUCCUGCCAGAAAAACGUUAACACGUAUGUAGACGCCGACACAUGUUUCCUUUGUCAAAAUUGUUUUUUGGCAACGCGUGAGGCGGUGGAAAUUCGCAACCAGAUUUUCAAGUUGGAGACUCGCCUUCGUGAAAAAGUCGACACGAUUAAACUCAGAAUUUUGGAUUCCAAUACAAAAAUUGAAACUGGAGAGGAAAGAUAUGUCGAAUUGGGGAGGAUUCUAGCGAUUAGGAAUUAUUUAAUGGACGAGAAUCAUAACAAAACCGCUGAGUUGGGGGACGUUCAAGUGAAAGAAGAACAAGUGCAAGAGGAGUAUGACUUUUUAGACGGCUAUCCCACUAUUUCUGAGGAUGAGUAUCGCCCCCACAAACUAGAAAUUGACUCUGAUGCAGAUUCUUCUUUCUGCAUCCUGCCGGAUCUCACUGCUCCUGUCAGAGUUCGGGCCCCCAAACGGAAGCGACCUCCUCCUUCACCUUCACGUCGUCCGGCAAAGAAUCACAAGUGUUCUGCAAAAUCUAAACCAGCUUUUGCGAAUGAAGAAGAAACUCAACCUACCCGUCGUUCUACACGACCCAAAAAGCCUACAAUGUCCCAAAAUCUGACGAAACUAUUUGCGGAGGAGAAACGAUUAGCCCAAGAAGAUCGAGUCAUACUACCUAAAAGACAACUCAAGAAACGAAAACUUGACGACUCUGAUUACUCUGAUGAGCUAAAUCUACCCAACAAAAAAGUCGGUCGUACCAAGUGGAAAUGUACCCUCUGUGAACGCUAUUGGCCUUCAAAGGAUGAGCUGAAUGCCCAUCAUGCCCGACAAAAGCUUCCCUGUCCGCUCUGUCCAUCCACAUUUUGCGCCUCGCAGGUACGAGACGACCACAUAAAGAACGUCCACUCCACGACGCGUCCUUAUCAGUGCCCCCACUGCGAUAAAAAGACCGCUAGACAAACCGCCCUCGGCGCACACAUCUAUAUGAAACACGAAACCGACGAGAAGAGCCACACGUGUCCCCAGUGUGACAAAAAAUUCAGUCUCGAGGAGAACUUUCAACGACACGUGAACCUUCACAAAUUUGAAAAGACGCGACCCUUUGUUUGUAACGUGUGCGAUUCUCGCUUCUCGACCCGUGAUGUUUUGGAUAAACAUACGAAAACUCAUGUAAAAUCAGUGCAGUGCGACCUGUGCGAUUUCAAGUGUCGUAUGCACUACUUAUUAGUUCAGCAUAUGCGUCGCCACACGGGUGAAAAAUCGCACAAAUGUCCAUACUGCGAGGAAACGUUCAUUGACUAUUCUACCAGACAGAGACACAUUUUCGCCCUCCACGAGACCACGCCAAUGCACCAAUGUCACAUCUGUCCAAAGAGUUUCUUCACCAUGGGAGAGCUCAAUGCCCACAUCAGGAAGGUGCAUGAGGACAAAAGUUUGCGUAAACCGGUCAUCAUCUCGUGUUCCUCGUGUGACGAGAAGUUCAAAACUGUCACGACAAUGAAGGCUCAUCGGGUGGAAAUGCAUGGGGACGAACCUUUCAUAUGUGACGAGUGUGGGGGUAGCUACGUGACUUUGCUGGCAUUAAAAAAACACAAAAUGCGCCACUCGAUACCGGUUACGACUGAAAGAUUGUUUAAAUGCGACAUUUGCGAUGCCUCCUUCCGUACAAAGUCUAGUCUCACAGGACACACUCAAACCCACACGGGCGGAGGACGACGCCACAAUUGCCCAAGUUGCGGAAACACAUACCGAAAGAAGUUGCACGUCCUGCGUCACAUGAUCCACAUUCAUAACGCGGAUUACGAUGGGGAAACUAGUCACAAAUGUGACCCCUGCGGGAAGGGGUUCCCCACCAAGGGCUUGCUGGAAUGGCAUAUCCGCCAACUUCAUACCGGUAAUGGACCUAAGUAUCCCUGCACCCAUUGUGACGCGGCCUACUCGGAUAAUACGAUGUUGACCUGGCAUAUCAGAGGUCACCACGGAAUCAUGGUGGGUGGACUUAGAAAGCAUAGCAAGACGUGGAAGGUCAAACCUAAGAAGAAAGUGGGGGAAGAAGGGUUAUCAUCUGCCGAUGGUGGAAGUCGUGAGGGUGCUAAUAAUUUGACGGAAUCUGUCAUCGUGGAGGAAGGAGUGGUGUGGGGAGUGGGGCAACAGGUUUGGUUGGGAUGAUAAGACUGAUUUUUAGACAAUUUGUAAUUUAAUGUAGUCCAAAAUAUUUUGAAACACGUAUUUGUCGUUUUAUAAGUAAUUUGUCUUAUUAAGUCUGACAAUUAAGAAUUAGGUACAUAGGUCAUACAAUGAUAUUGAUUAACAUGUAUCUCAUUAUAUUUUACAACAAUAACAAAAUUAUAUGAGAAACCUAAAACUUUACGUAUUUGUAUAUGUAAGUCUAUUAUAUAAUCAUUAUAAGCACAGAAA